AUGUCGAAUUCUAAAAAAGAAUCAUAUCUGGGACCGGAAAUUGAUGAUGAUCAUGGAAAAUCUCAGCUUAAGAACACAUCGCUUUGUUUGAAACGGCUAGUAGGAACAUUUUUGGAAUAUAUUCAGAACACCGGAAGAAGCCGAACAGCAAAUGAGGACAAGAAUUAUAACAAGAACUUUCAUACACGGAGGGGUAAAACCAUUGUUGAAAAUGGUGCGACCACUUUUGUUUGUAGAAAGGAGGUUUAUCAACAUAAAACUAAGGAUGAUGCUUGGAUGAUAUUACACAAUAAGGUAUACAAUGUGACAGAUAUAAUUAAUAUUCAUCCUGGUGGAGUGGCGUGCUUGUUCAGUUGUGUGGGCCUUGAUGGGACAAUUAAUUUUGAUGAUGUUGGUCAUAGUAAUGACGCUUGGGAGAUGCUGCGGCCAUAUUAUAUUGGUGAUUUACCAGGAAGCGAAUUGACUGGAUUGGAUAACCAAAAAUCUCAACUGAUGCAAGCGACAAAAAAAAUCGAACAUACAGCUGCAAAUCGGAUAACCAAUGAUACACCUAAAGAAACACACUUUAUAAACAAGCUACGAAAUAAUCCAGCUUUCCGUAUACUUAUAUUGAUAUUCACAAAUACUGCCACUAUUUUAGGACUUCUAGCAUUAACGCUAUUUACAUAUUUACAAUCGCAGAAGUGGUCACCAAAUUAA